AAGAUCCCGGGGCGCUGACCUCACAGCCGCCUGUGCUGGUGGAGGUGGGGCCGAGGGAGGAAGUAGGUCACUGGGGGUGGCCCGUGAAGGGGGUGUCUCCUCGGACUCUUCCUGCUCCCUGCUUCCUGGUUAUCAGGAGUUGAGCAGCUCCACUCCCCGUGUUGUUCCUGCCUUGGAGCCUGCGGACCUUGGACUGAAAUGUCGGCUUUGUGAUCCACCUCCCUGCCUCCCAUUGGUGACCUUGACCCUCUCAUCCUCAGUGAUCUGAUCGAGGUCGGGAUGAGUCCUCUUCACUCAAACCAUCCCUGCAGGUUUGCCUGCCAGUUACUCUGCACCUGCUGUGAGUGCAAGGACCGAGUGGACACACACUGGCACUGCACUGUCUGCCAGGAUUAUGACUUGUGUGUCUCCUGCUUUCACACUAAAAGCCACAACCACCCGAUGGAGAAACUGGGCCUGGGCUUAGAUGACGACAGCAGCAACCAGCAGGGUGCGGCUGCCCAGAGCCCAGAAGAAUCUCGCUGCCUGAGCAUCCAGCGCAACAUUCAAUACUUGAUCUUAGCCUGCCAGUGCCGCGAUGCCAACUGCCCAUUGCCUUCCUGCCAGAAGAUGAAGCGAGUUGUACACCAUACCAAAGGCUGCAAACGGAAGAGCACUGGCAGGUGCCCCGUCUGCAGGCAGCUCAUUGCCCUCUGCUGCUACCAUGCCAAGCGCUGCCAUGAGAAUUAUUGCCCUGUGCCAUUCUGCUUCAACAUCAGGCAGAAGCUCCGCCAACAGCAGCUGCAGCCCCGGCAGGCCCAGGUGCUGCACAGGAGGAUGGCCAGCGUGUAGCCUGCCAGUGUGACAGGGCAAAAAUAGGGCCUGCCCUCCCCAGCCCCUGCCAUACCAACCACAUUGAAUGUGCACUGCCAAAAACUCAGAAGAUGCCUGAUCUCACCUCUUCUGGAAAAGCCCUGGUGACCUUCCAACUCCUCCACAGACUACUCAGCCAUCCUUGGCUGAGCACUUACCUGCAGCAUUAGAAAUAGCAAUGCAGAUUCAGACAGCAGUGGAUACAGCCCCAGAUGGCCUAUGGAAGACCACUACAAUCCUUGAUGUCCAAUAACUCCUAGGCCCCAGUGGCCAUGAACCCAUCUACCAUGUCCAGAGGUCCUGGUGGGCAUCUAAACCAGGAAUGGGGCCCCCACCAAUGCAGCAGCAGCUCUCUGUACCCAAAUAGCACUGCCUCUCAGCCCUAGCAACACCAGUCCAGGGUGCCAAGGUCAACCAUGACCGAUCAGUGGUCCAACACGAGCAGCCUUGAACAUGGCUACGUACCCGGGUUUGGGCCAGGUAGGUGUGACCCCACUCACACCACGCACUGUGUCUCAGCAAGCCUUAUAAAACCUCCCCUGCGGACUCUCAGGUCUCCCGGCUCUCCCCUGCAACAGCAACAGGUGCUUAGUGUACAACCUCCAGCUGUUGGCUGCAGGAUCCAACUAUGCCAUAAAACAGCAGGAUUCAAGUCCACCAACUCUAAUCCACAGCCUCUCACUGGACAGCCUGGCAUGGUCCAGGGACAGCCAGGGCUGCAGCCACCAGCCAUGCCAGGUCAGCAGGGCGGCGUCCUCUCCAGUCCAGCCAUGCAGAACAUGAGUCCCAUGCAGGCAGGUGUGCAGAGGGCUGGUCUGGCCCAGCACCAGCCUCAGCCGCAACUCCAGCCGCCCAUGGGAGGGAUGAGUCCCCAGGCGCAGCCAAUGAACAUGAAUCACGGCAGCAUGUCUUCCCAGUUCCGGGACAUGUUGAGACAACAGCAGAUGAUGCGACAGCAGCAGCAGCAGAUCCAGCAUCACAUGCAGCAGAUGCAACAAGGGAACAUGGGACAGAUGGGGCAGCCCCCCCCCAGGCCUUGGGAGCAGAGGCAGGAGCCAGUCUACAGGCCUAUCAGCAGCGACUCCUCCAGCAGCAGAUGGGGCCCCCUGCUCAGCCCAGCCCCAAGAGCCCCCAGCAGCACAUGCUUCCAAACCAGGCCCAGUCCCCGCACCUCCAAGGCGAUACCCAGUUCUCUCUCCGUUUAAGUGCGUUCUCCCCAGCCUGUCCCUUCCCCAUGGUCACAGUCCCAGCCCCCCACUCCAGGCCGCCCCCACAGACCUGGACUCAGCACAGAUAUCACACUUGCGUUCACACCUCUGACACAGUGUACCACACAUACACUCAGGACGUCUUUUAACAUUGGAGGGUCAAACAUUUUUUUCACCUAAUAAGAAUUUUUGUACUUAAAUUUUUUCAAUCUUUCUUAGCCUGAAAGGUAAUUUUCCUUGGAACACGAGAACUGUGAAGUAGUCAUCUGUGGUUUCAAGCUAACUUUCAAGAUGAGCCUGAGGGGUGGUAGAAUACUCAGAAUAUAUGUUUCUCUGGUUGCUUCCCCAGCCUUCUUUCCCCGUGCCUGUGCGGUUCGAGUCUGCACUAGAAGGAGCUGAGGUCUGAAGCCCCCAUGCACUCCUCCCUUGCAUCCUUACUGUUUUCUUUUUCUUUUUAAAUUCAUAAUAAUGCAUAACAUUUCUUACUACUAUAGAUAGCUGGAAUUAUUUUCAUUUUCUCACAUUAUAGAACGGUAUAAAAAAUUUCCUAAAACCAAAGGACAAAAGGUGUCAAUACGAUUAUAAAAUUGCAUUUCACAUAUAAGUUGCUAUAAUUCACAUAUAAAAAUGACUUAUUUUUUUCUCCAUUUGGUGCACGGAUGUUCAUCUUUAUGAAAAUAUUUUUAAAAUUCCUUUUAUACCCAGAGGACAAUUAUUGUGGUCCAACAUAUUUUCUCCUUUGUAAGUCUCAGCAUAAAAUUACAAAUAUUAAAAUAAUUUAUAUAUGUAGACAGAUGACUUUUUCAAAAUCUGUAGGGCCAGUUGCCAAACUGAUGUUUCAUAUUGUGGUUUCUGUUGCUUGAGAGAGUUUUUUGCAUUAUUUACACAUAACUGUAAAAAAAAUAAGAAAGGAUUGGGUGGGAUGAUUUUUAACACUCAAGUGUCCCUGGGUUUCUCUUUGCUUGCUUUCUUCCUCCUCCCCCAUUACUGGUUGUGAAUAAACUGUGUGAGACA